UUUUCUUUCUUUUUCUUGAAAGGCGUUUUCCGAUGGAUUUCAAAAAAUAUUUUCGUCUUCCUCUAUCUGUCUCUUCUCUCUCGCAGCCUCAUUUCUUUUGAGUUUCUCUCUCCUCUAAAUUUCAGUUCCAUUUGUUUCAUCUUUGACCAAAUCUUCGCGUACAUUUCAGAGAUGGAUAGAAAACGACAUGUUGCGAUAAUUACUACUGCCAGCCUACCAUGGAUGACUGGAACUGCUGUCAACCCUUUGUUUCGUGCUGCCUAUCUUUCAAAAGAUGGGGAGAGAAAGGUUACGUUAGUAAUUCCGUGGUUAUCUUUACAAGAUCAGGAGCUAGUAUAUCCCAACAAUAUCAGAUUCAGCUCACAUGUAGGGCAGGAGGCAUAUGUCCGUCAGUGGCUUGAGGAGAGGACUGGGUUUAAGUCUGUUUUCGAGAUACUUUUUUAUCCUGGAAAGUUUUCUGUAGAUAAAAGGAGCAUUCUUGCUGUUGGAGAUAUUUCCGAAAGAAUCCCUGAUGACGAUUCGGAUGUUGCAAUUCUUGAGGAACCUGAGCACCUCACCUGGUACCACCAUGGGAAGAGAUGGAAAAGUAAAUUCCGCUUGGUUAUAGGGAUUAUUCAUACCAAUUAUCUGGAAUAUGCGAGGAGGGAGAAGAAUGGAAGACUGCAAGCAUUUCUUCUCAAACACAUAAAUACUUGGGUUGUUAGUAUAUAUUGCCACAAGGUAAUUAGAUUAUCUGCUGCCACCCAGGAUUAUCCAAAAUCCAUCAUCUGUAAUGUUCAUGGAGUUAAUCCCAAGUUUUUUGAGAUAGGCAAGAAAAAGUUAGAGCAACAACAAAAUGGUGAUCAGGCAUUUACUAAAGGUGCUUACUACAUUGGGAAAAUGGUUUGGAGCAAAGGCUACAAGGAGUUACUCAAACUUCUUCGUGAUCACCAAAAGGAACUCGCUAGCCUUGAGGUUGACUUGUAUGGAACUGGAGAGGACUCUGAUCAAGUUAUGGAAGCUGCUAAAAAGCUGGAACUGGCUGUUCGAGUUAAUCUCGGACGUGACCAUGCUGAUCCUCUGUUUCAUGAUUACAAAGUGUUCUUGAAUCCAAGCACCACAGAUGUAGUUUGCACAACCACAGCUGAAGCCUUAGCAAUGGGCAAAAUCAUUGUCUGUGUGAAUCAUCCGUCUAACGAAUUCUUCAAGCAGUUCCCGAAUUGCCGAACAUAUAAUGACAGCAAAGAUUUUGUUAAGGUCACACGCAAGGCUCUGGCUGACGAGCCUGCGCAGCUGACUGAUGCACAGAGGCACGAGCUAUCCUGGGAGGCUGCCACAGAACGGUUUUUAAGAGCUGCUGAGCUGGACCAUGCGUCCACAAAAAACCUGUCAAAAUCUCCUUCAAAUAACUUAAUGUCUACAUCGUUGAAUCUUGGGGAGAAGAUUGAGGAUUUAUCAGCACAAGUGCAUAAUUUUGUUUCUGGAUUUGAAGUAUCACGAAAGAUAUUUGGUGCAAUCCCGGGGAGCUUGCAACCAGACGAAGAGCAACGCAAGGAACUGGGUUUGGUCAUGCCUGCAGGGAUUUAAGGCUCACAAAAUUGGUUUGUUGGAUGCUCAUGUUCACCACUUAGGUACUGAAAUCAAAUGGGGCUCAAAAGAUUCGUGCUGUACUUCUUUCUUGUGUACAUCAAUUCUUAAUUUGAAUCAUUUGCUAUUGCAAAUGACUCAUGUUAAACUAGGUUGUUGGGAUCAUUAGUCGCGCUGGUCAUGGGGCGGGGAAAAGCAUUUUUUUCGUCUUUGUAAUUGCUAUUUGAUAAUUGAUAUCUGUAAAUUCAUGUGAAUUACUUGG